AUGUACAAAGGUUGUGAACAGCAGGACCAAGAAACAGCAGUCGAGCACAGUGAAGAACAGGUCCUCCAGGAGGAUGUGCAGGCUGAGGAGUACGUGGCCAUUGCGGACUACUCGGCUACAGAUGACACGCAGCUGAGUUUUUUGAGAGGAGAGAAAAUUCUUAUCUUGAGACAAACUACUGCUGAUUGGUGGUGGGGUGAGCGUGAAGGCUGCUGUGGCUACAUCCCGGCCAAUCAUGUCGGGAAGCAGUUGGUGGAGUAUGAUCCUGAAGACACCUGGCAGGACGAAGAGUACUUUGGCAGCUAUGGGACUCUGAAACUUCACUUGGAAAUGUUGGCAGACCAGCCACGAACAACUAAGUAUUACAACGUCAUCUUGCAGAAUAAAAAUUCCCUGAAAGACAAAGUGAUUCUGGAUGUCGGCUGCGGAACUGGGAUCAUCAGCCUCUUCUGUGCGCAUCAUGCUCAACCCAGAGCUGUGUAUGCCGUGGAGGCCAGCGAGAUGGCACAGCACACGGGGCAGCUGGUCCUGCAGAAUGGCUUUGCCAACACCAUCACUGUGUUCCAGCAGAAGGUGGAGGACGUGGUGCUUCCAGAGAAAGUGGACGUGUUGGUGUCCGAGUGGAUGGGGACCUGCCUGCUGUUUGAGUUCAUGAUCGAGUCCAUCCUGUAUGCCCGGGACAUGUGGCUGAAGGAGGAUGGGGUCAUCUGGCCGAGCACUGCCGCGCUGCACCUUGUGCCCUGUAGCGCUGACAGGGACUACCACAGCAAGGUCCUUUUCUGGGACAACGCCUACGAGUUCAACCUCAGUGCACUCAAAUCUUUAGCAAUUAAAGAGUUUUUCUCAAAGCCCAAGUAUAAUCACAUUUUGAAACCAGAAGACUGCCUGUCUGAACCAUCUACUAUAGUAGAGUUGGACAUGAAAACUGUACAGGUCUCUGAUCUAGAGACAAUGCAAGGCGACCUGCACUUCGAUAUUAAAAAAGCUGGUACUCUCCAUGGGUUCACAGCCUGGUUCAGCGUCCAGUUCCAGAAUCUAGAGGAAAACAAGCCACAGCUGGUUCUGAGCACCGGCCCGUUCCACCCCCCGACGCACUGGAAGCAGACCUUGUUUAUGAUGGAUGACCCUGUCCCGGUCCACGUAGGAGACGUGGUCACAGGCUCAGUGGUGCUGCAGAGAAACCCUGUGUGGAGGAGGCACAUGUCCGUCACCCUGAGCUGGUCCGUCACUUCCCCACAGGACCCCAUGUCUCAAAGAGUUGGAGAAAAAAAUUUUCCAAUCUGGAGAUGA